AUGGGAGCAUGUCUUUCCACCAAGUCAUCAUCCAACGGUGGCAAACAGCGCAAACCCGCAGCAGCAACCACUCUCCCCCCUCUCACUGCCUCUCUCUUUUCCGCUUCCGCCAAUCCCCCUCUCCCUCCCCCUCUUCCACCCUCUCUUCCUCCCCCUAAGCCGUCCCCCCAUCCAUCCGCGGAGCACAAUUCCCAGCACCCCCUUCCGCCCCAGUACCCCCGACCCGCCCAAACGCUUCCCCUUUGCUCCCAGGGCACUCCCCCUUCCGCGCAACAUCUGCCCCCGUCCGCGCAAGACCGUCCCCUUUCCGCCAAUCCCCCCAGGAACAAGCCCCCCAAGGCUCCAGGGGGGACGCACCCGCGCAGCCUAUCAGCUGGGGGGGAGGAGGAGGCGGGAGAUGGAGGGGGGGGACGAGGGGGAGAGAGAGGAGACAGAGGGGGAGGAGAAGGAGGGGAUAUGGACCAAGGUGCAAUGGGGCAGGAAGGGGUGGGGCAGGGUGCAAUGGUGCAGGUGGCAGUGAAGCAGCUGAGGGAGGAGUCGAAGCAGGGAGCGGAGGAGUUCCUGAGGGAGGUGCUGGUGCUGGGUCGGCUGGCCCACGCGCACCUGGUGCUGCUGUGGGGGUACUGUGUGGACGGCGGGGCGUUUCUGGUCUAUGAGCUCAUGGAGGGGGGGAGUUUGGAUUACGCACUCAUUGACUGUGCCAAGGGGGAACUCCACUUCAGCUGGCCCAUGCGCCUCAAGGUGGCAGUAGGUGCCAAGGGCGAGCUCCACUUCAGCUGGCCCAUGCGCCUCAAGGUGCCAAGGGCGAGCUUUCAGCUGGCCCAUGCGCCUCAAGGUGGCAGUAGAGGUGGCAGAGGCGCUGGUCUACAUGCACCUUCUGUUCCCCCUCCCCACUCCUCCCCACUCCUCCCCUUCUCCCCUCCCCGCCUCCCCCCUCUUCCAGGCGCCAAGGGCGAGCUGCAUUUCAGCUGGCCCAUGCGCCUCAAGGACUACUCAGCAAAGCUGACGGAUUUCGGCAUGGUGCGGGUGGGUCCGGGGAAGUCAACUGCGGUCAACCAUGUCAAGGAUUCUUUAUUCAACUGA